AUGGAAAUCCCCCAUCGGCAGCUCACCAAGGAGGAGAUCAACCGAUGUUAUUUGAGAUGGCAACAAUUGCAAAAUGAACAUGGGGAGAACGCUUCUAAUAUUCCGGAGUUCAUUUAUUUUACCAAGGUGCUGCGUCUUGCGGCUAGACAGCAACAGAAACAGCAGCAACAGCAGCAACAUGCUCAACCUCAACAGGAACAACAACAACAACAACAACAACAACAACAACAACAACAACAACAACAACAACAACAACAACAACAACAACAACAACAACAACAACAACAACCACAACAGCAGCCGCAGCCGCAACAACAGCAGCCGCAGUUCCAACAACAUCAAAGUCAACAACAGCAGUCUGCUUCACCUUCAAUCUCGAAUUCUAUGAAUGGAGCGCAGCGCCAGAUCCCUUUGCAGCCUCCACAUGGUGGUCCAAUUCAGCAGAACCAGAUACCUCAUACGUCGCAGGAUGGACAGAGUCAGGCCUGGUCACAGCGACAGAAUUCAGCGGAAGAUGGACUCGGGAAACCCUCACCUGGAUCUCAGAAUGGAGGUCUCUCCAACACUUUUACGAUAGAACAGUCCGAGUUACUCAAGGCACAGAUUACGUCUCUCAAAUACUUGUUAAGCAGACAAGCGAUUCCUCCUGAAACGCAAGCUGUGAUUCAAAGAUCACUCAACAAUCCUCCUGAUUUUAAACAAAUGCUUGUUGCACUGAGUGACUCUGUCAGAGGCAGACAGCAGCAGAUGCAACAGCAACAGCAACAGCAACAGCAACAGCAACAGCAACAGCAACAGCAACAGCAACAGCAGCAGCAGCAGCAACAGCAACAGCAACAACAGCAGCAGCAAGAGCAGCUUUAUCAACAUCAGCCGUUGCAGCAACGAAAGCUGCAACAACUACAACAGCAGCAACUACAACAACAACAGCUGCAGCAGCAGCAACUCCAACAACAACAAAUACAACAACAACAAUUACAGCAACAACAAUUACAGCAGCAACAGCUACAGCAGCAGCAGCUACAGCAGCAGCAGCUUCAACAACAACAGCUCCAGCAACAACAGCACCAUCAGCAGCAAUUACAACAGCGGAGACAGCAGCAGCUUUUACAACAGCAGCAACAGCAACAACAACAACAUCGGCGCCCUUCUCCCGCUAGUUUGCAACAGUUUCCAUCAAACCAACCGUCACCUGUAACAGUACCAGACCAUGUCGUUCAGCAAAUGGGCCAGCCUUCCGCGGGCUCGCCUCAAGAAAUAUCCCACAGUGGUCCACACAGUGUUGCCAGCAUAUCAACACCAUUUGGACCCAGCCCUUCUGUUAACAAUGUAGCAACAGCUCCUAUGCCUUCCACAAAACCACAAGGAAUAUCUCCAACUAGUUCUGGACUUCAACAACCCCGAGAAAACGAUAUGGUUGCACGUACAGAAACCCAAAAUGGCCAAGAAGCACCCGUCGGACAGGGCGGUGAUGACGCCGUUGAAUUCGAAGGCGUCACUGAACCGAAGCCGUGUCCUCCAAUUCCAAUAUCAGAAUAUCGUGUACAGCAUCCCGAGAUUCAAAAGUUUGUCGAUAUCACAAUGCCCAACGUUGUCGUUGAUUCCUUCACUAUGCCAGCUUUGCCAGAAGAGUCUAUUGACUAUGCUCAUUUAUUUCCCUCUAAGGAGCAACCGAAGAUAAUGCUGCAGUCUGGAAUUUUACCCACCGGUAUCGACGUCCACUCAGCGAUGGAGAUAUAUCAAACUUUGGUUGCCUUAGAUAUAGAUACAGCGGUCGAUGACUGCUUGAUGAAGGUUUUGGAUGAUAAAACAACUGAAAAAGAGAAACGCCGUGCCAAAUAUGACUAUCUGGCACUUCAGCUGCUACCGUUACAGAAAGCGGUUAGGGGACAUAUUUUGCAGUUCGAAUGGUACCAGAAGUCUCUCUUGACAAACACCCAUCCAAAUUUUCUUUCGAAAAUUCGAAAGGUGAAUGUUCAAGACGCCCUUCUUACAAACCAUCUCUAUAAAAGGCAUGAAAUUUUACAGCACGAGCGUCAAAAGUACGAACAAUCGACCAAGUUGAAAAGCAUAACAACUGGCGCGAUCGAAAUCUACAACAGAAGGCUUGACAGAAGGACUCAACGUGUAAAACUUGGCCACCGCUUGGUGACCUUGCAUGGAGCGCUUGAAAAGGAAGAGCAGAAACGCAUUGAAAGGAAUGCAAAGCAGCGUUUGCAGGCUUUGAAAGCCAAUGAUGAGGAAGCAUACAUAAAGCUAUUGGACCAGACUAAAGACACAAGAAUCACGCAUUUGCUAAAGCAAACUAAUACGUUCUUGGACUCUUUAACCAAAGCUGUCAGAGACCAACAACAGUAUACCAAAGACAAAGUUGAGUCUCAUACGACUAAAGACGAGGAAGAAGAAGAACUGGGUGAGGCGAAGGAUCAAGUCUUGGAUAUCGAAGAUGAAGAAGAGCGUCAAGACGUUGAUUACUAUAAUGUUGCACACAAAGUGAAAGAAAUUGUAAAACAACAGCCUUCCAUACUAGUAGGAGGAACAUUGAAGGAAUAUCAAUUGAAGGGCUUGCAAUGGAUGGUCUCUCUUUUCAACAAUCACCUGAAUGGUAUUUUGGCCGAUGAAAUGGGCCUGGGAAAAACUAUCCAAACGAUAUCUUUAUUGACCUAUCUUUACGAAGUCAAGAACGUGCACGGACCUUUUUUGGUUAUCGUGCCUCUAUCCACUUUAACCAAUUGGGACUCAGAAUUUGAGAAAUGGGCUCCCAAAUUACGGAAGGUCGCUUAUAAAGGAUCGCCCAAUGAGAGAAAGUCCAAGCAAAGCAUAAUUAGAUCAGGUGAAUUCGAUGUUGUGUUAACGACCUUCGAGUACAUCAUCAAAGAAAGGGCUUUGCUAUCAAAGAUCAAAUGGGUUCACAUGAUAAUCGAUGAAGGUCACAGAAUGAAAAAUACACGCUCGAAGCUUUCUCUGACCUUAAAUACACACUACCACACUGAUUACCGUCUUAUCUUGACUGGUACGCCGCUGCAGAAUAAUUUACCUGAAUUGUGGGCGUUAUUGAACUUCGUGCUUCCGAAAAUUUUCAACUCUGUCAAGUCCUUUGAUGAAUGGUUCAACACCCCUUUCGCCAACACAGGUGGUCAAGAUAAAAUAGCUCUCAGCGAAGAAGAAACUCUUUUGGUCAUCAGAAGAUUGCACAAAGUUCUUAGACCAUUCUUGCUAAGACGUUUGAAAAAGGAUGUCGAGAAAGAGCUACCCGAUAAAGUCGAAAAAGUUUUGAAAUGUAAGAUGAGCGGGUUGCAACAAAAGUUGUAUGAGCAGAUGCUAAAGCAUCGUCGUUUGUUUGUCGGUGAUCAGCAAAAUACUAACAAGAUCGUUGGUUUGCGCGGUUUCAACAAUCAAAUUAUGCAGUUGAAAAAGAUCUGCAAUCAUCCAUUCGUAUUCGAAGAAGUUGAAGAUCAGAUAAAUCCUACUAGAGAGACAAAUGCAAGUAUUUGGCGUGCUGCUGGUAAAUUUGAACUUUUAGAGAAGAUUUUACCGAAAUUCGAGGCAACGGGGCAUCGAAUUUUGAUAUUCUUUCAGAUGACGCAAAUAAUGGACAUCAUGGAAGAUUUCUUAAGGCUUUUGGGACUCAAAUACUUGCGUCUGGACGGUCAUACCAAGUCUGAUGAUCGAACAUUUUUGCUGAAUAGCUUUAAUGCCCCGAACUCUGAAUAUUUUUGUUUUCUGCUGUCCACCAGAGCUGGUGGUCUGGGUCUAAACCUGCAGACGGCCGAUACUGUCAUAAUUUUCGAUACAGAUUGGAACCCUCACCAAGAUUUGCAGGCUCAAGAUAGAGCACACAGAAUUGGUCAGAAAAAUGAGGUUAGAAUUUUGAGAUUGAUCACCGAGAACUCGGUUGAAGAGGUUAUUUUGGAGCGGGCGCACAAGAAGCUCGAUAUUGACGGUAAAGUCAUUCAGGCGGGUAAAUUCGACAACAAAUCAACCGCAGAAGAACAAGAGGCCCUUCUACGUUCUCUAAUGGAGGCAGAGGAAGAGCAGAAGAAAAAGAGGGAGCUCGGACUAGAAGAAGAUGAGCAUUUUGAUGACAAUGAAUUGAAUGAACUAUUGGCCAGAAAUGACGAUGAGUUGAAGAUUUUUGCUGAAAUGGAUGAGGAACGAAGCAGGAAACAUUUAGAAAGCGGUAUAACUACCACUCUUAUGGAAAACUCUGAGUUACCAGAUUAUUAUCAUCAAAAUAUUGAGGCUGAAAUUGAGAGAGAAGAAAGCGAAGUCUUGUUGAAUGGCGGUCGGGGCAUCAGAGAACGCCGUAGCGCAAAUUACGGCGAAGAUCUUACAGAAGAGCAAUGGCUUAAGCAAUUCGAAGUCAGUGAUGAGGAAAAGAAUGACGAUGACAAAAAUAGUGAUGAAAAGAUUAACGACAAUCUAAGUGAUGAUGAAGAUGAAGAAGGCGGAAAAUCAAGAAAACGGAAGGCGACCAAGUCUUUAUGCAGAGGCAAACGUAUCAAACUUGAGAAUGAACGUGUCAUCGAUGCCGAAAAUGAUGAAGAAGAGGUGAAUUCUGAACACGAUGUCCAGGCGGAGAAGCCGGUUGUCACAUCAUCGAAAUCUUUAAAGACCAAGCCAAAGGAAAAAGUCAAACAAGUUCGUGAACGUCGAGGUGGCAAAAUGAAGAACGGUCGUCCGUAUCUGAGAAAUGCAUCUGAUGUUGAGUUGUCUCAGACGGAGAAGGAAGGGAUUGCAGCGCGCGCAAAAGAGCUCUACGAAUUUGCCGUUGCGUAUCGAAAUGAGGACGGAAGACGCCUUGCUGACAUUUUCUUAAUAAGACCUUCUAAAAAGCUUUAUCCAGAUUACUAUCUGUUCAUCAAGUAUCCAGCUGCUUUCGAAAAUGUGACCAAACACAUCGACAGUUUGGCCUACGGCUCACUCGAACAGGUGCUUGAGGAUUUCCACUUGAUGUUUUCAAACGCAAGGGUUUACAACGCCGAAGGUUCAGUUAUUUACGAUGAUUCGAUCGAGUUGGAAGAUGCCAUCAUUGCGAAGUACAGGGAAAUGACCGAGGACAAAUCGGGUAUUGAUUUCCAGGAAUUCGAUAAACAAUACGCAACGCAGCCAUUAGAACCGGCCGCUGAAGAAAGUUCAACUGCAAAUACUCCGAAUCCCGAUGAUCCAUCGUGA